UCCCAUUUUACAGUUUUUGCUCUCGCACUGAUCUCAGGUACCCAAUUUUGUGACGUUGACUAUUUUUGUCUGUUGAAGUCAUCACUUCACUUCGGUCGGCAAUGGCAGAGCUUUCGCGGUCACGAUCUCCGAGUACUAACUCUACAUUCAAGUCGCCUUCUCGCCACUCGCUUGAGCCUAUGCUGGAGAUGCCUUCACCUCAUCGACGACGCGACUACUUUGUGACUGACGACUGCGAUGAUCAAAUUCCUCGUGUGAAGCCCCACCUUCAGCGCAAACUUCCCUUCCAGUACCAUGGCGACGUAUUUGCGCAGCACGGCGAGUACACUGACGCAGGACUCUACAUGUCUCGGUUACCAGCAUCUCGGAAGGAGAAACAGCCUCUAUCUGCACGUGUUGGAGUCAACUACAAGCUCCACCCAAUGAAAUUGGCUCCUGUGCCUCCAAUCAAGGCAUCCCAACAGCAAAGUGAUCGAGAGAACCCUCUACUGUCGGCUCUUAAGGCAGUAGAUGUGAACUAUAACAAGCCAAAAGCUAAGAGCAACCGGAAGCAGCAGUAUGCGUUGGCUGUGGAAGCCAUGGCGGCGAAUCGUGCUCUUCAUGCAACACUACUGAAUGACAACGUGGUGCCCAGUGUCAUGACAUUGUGUCGUUCCAAGGAUGUGGCCACAUUAGGAGCUUGUGUGGCCACGCUCGGUCAUUUAUCUUGCGAACCUGAAGGACGAUCCAUCCUGCUGUCCCACAACGCAUUGUCACUUUUGUCGGCUCUGGCGCUCUCGUCAGCGCAUACCCAUGACAAGCUGCUUCUGCCUAACUGUGUGGGCACUUUGGCAAACCUCACAAUUGAGGAUGGUAGUGAAAGUGGCUUUAUCAAGGAGAAAGCUCUCGACUGUCUGGUAAAGCAGAGACGAUCGUCAGCUGUGGCCGAGCGAGCCUGCACGUUCGCUAUGUUCAAUCUGUCGUGUCCGCAGUAUGCGUAUCCACGGGUCGAUGAUGCCGUUCAUGCCCUUGCAGAGCACGGAAAAGAUGCACGAGACCGCGAGACAUUGAGUCGUGCUGUCUACAACUUGGCGUGCACACGAAUGAACCACGUUAAGUUGGUAGAACCCGAGGUCACGUCGAUACUUCGGUUGCUUAUCAGUUGUGAACAAAGUGAAGCUGCACGUCUCAAUGGCCUCGCUGCUUUGUGGCACCUCGUGGAAAGUGGAACUUGUCGUCGUGCUUUAGUUCGAACGGGGGAUUGUGUGCGAGCUGCUGUGGAGGAGCUUCCUCGUCUGGGUCUUGCUGCAAGUGACGAGUAUGUCGUCUGUGCUUUAGCAACACUCAUCUGCUUGACACGCGAAACAAACGCUCGAGAGCUUAUGGGAAAUGCUGGAGCUUUGGACGCUUUGGCUGCUCUCGGCACGGGCGUUAAACGCCGUCCUGGGGUUCUACUACUGAUAUACCGCUUGCUUGCUAUUUUGCUGUCUGCACCUGAGAACAUUCGAGCAGUAAGCGAGAGUGUUGUUCAAUUCCUACUAGCUUUUAACCAUGAAGACCCCACUGCAAGUGCCUCAUCCACAGCCAAGUCUCGCUACGUUCUGUUUGCUUUGGCGAGUAUUUUGUCAUGGAACCAACCGGAGGAUCCCAACAUCUCUAUUUCUUCACAGGGGAAUCACAGUACGGACUUAUCGAUACAAUCGAUCCCGUUGGAACUGGAUGAAUUACUGGACGCGCCACAGCUUCUGGAGCAAAUAUACCGACACGUUGCGUACCCCGAAUUCCCACAAGACAGUGCUCAAGUGCGACUGCAGAUGGUCAUUCUGUACAAUUUGUCGUUCCGAUACCCGAAAGCUGAAGUUGCAAGACUGGCAAACGAACGAUUGAGCCAAGUUGGAGCCAAUUCAAAGGAUCGUCACAUUCUCAACUUACUUGGCGGGAGCUUCUUCAGUCUGUGCAUGGAAUACGAAGUGCACCGCUUACUCCUCGCUGCAGCCUACGCAGCUACAGAUGAUAAAGGAGACUUCUUGUUGCAGCGCCUAGCGCGUGAUGGAGAUGUGGAGGCACAGAGUAUGUGUCUCAACACUGUUUGCAUCCUGUUCGACGGUCGCUCGUUGUCUCGAGACGAGUUGUUGAAGCUCAUCGACCACAUUUUUCCUGUUGUGGUCGAGGUUUGUACUAGAAAAGACCACGCUGACAAUACGGUUGAUGAUGAUCGUGCGGCGUUAAGAGCAGCUUGUGCUGCUUGCCUUACGCGUUUCGCGAGUGUGGCAGAGUAUCGACUGGCAAUGGUAGAACGUGGUUUGCUGGAUGCGUUGGCAGUGUUAGCAGGCUCGGACGAUGACGAAACACUGCGGUUGUGCGUGCAUACCUACGCCUUGUUAUCACAGGAUAAAGCAGUAGGGGCCUCACUGCUGCGUGGUGGGGUUAUUAAAGCGUUGACACUGUUGGCUGCCGCUCCUGAGGAGGUUGUGCGUCGAGCAUGCGCAGUUACUCUUUGCAAUUUAUCAUCGGAAGUCGCACAUGUGGAAGCAUUGGUGAAGCUUAGCGCACUUCGGGCCUUGCUCGUUCUAGCUUGUGUCAAAUCCAACGACCCGGAGACACGACGCGUAUGCCUGAAAGCUGUGCUGAACCUACUGCGACUGUCGAAGGCAGCAGCGAUGCAGCGCUUGUGUGACGAUGGUCUGCUUUGGGCCUUUGGAACGUUUACAAACACAAUGGAGCCGAGGGACUAUGCCAUCCUCUCGGAUGCUUUCUGUCUGUUGGCCUUACAUCCGUCUGCACGAGCUGGUCUCAUCGCCAAACCAAGUGCUGUCGCCUCGCUUGUUCAAAUACUAAGCUACGACGUUGCAUGCUCUACGAAAGUGACGGUUUUGAAGGGAUUACUCAAUCUACUAGCAGACCCAGCUAGUGCAGCGUUGCUCAUGCUAACUGGAGUACUACCCCGUCUCGUUGCGCUCAUUGAGACGGAGAAACAAGCCGAAGUUUGUGAAAUCGUGGUUGACUUACUAGCGCUGAUCUUCCAGCAUUCAUCAUCUGAAAACGAUAUUGCAGCUAUGGCGUAUGCGGAAACCGCGACGAUGCGAGCUAUCACGUACCUCGUACACGUAGCAGAGCAGGAAGAACUACAUCGCAGUGACAAGAGCACUAGUGGAGCUGCUAGCUGCGCUCAGAGCUGUGCCGUUCUAUUGCACUUGUUAUCAUUGCACGAGCUCACACGACCAGCAUUGCUGAUGGCACACCCACCGCUAGGCACUGCACUUCCUGCUCUCCUAUUGCAAGCGAAGGGAGCAAUACAGACACUACUACUGAGGUGCUUGUACAACCUCACGUGCGAUGCUGAUCUACUAUCCUACAUCCCGCUGAACGUCUGCAUUCCAGCAUUGAAGACAGCACUAACCACUCAACAAGAGACUGAGGAUACUCCAGCUGAGACCAUGAAAGAUGAGCCAGAGAUACUAGCUCUCAGUGCGGGUAUUUUACGCAAUUCUUCAACCUGCAGUGACUGCCACGACGUAUUGAGGUCAGAAACCGCGACCAUGUUGUUGUCUGACUUGUUUGCGGUUGGAGGGAAAGUUUGUCGUGAGAAUGUGGCGCUGGCAACUUGCAAUUUGUUGUUUGGACGGGUCAACUCUCAUAUUUUACUCUCUCGAGGUGUCCUACCGCUAGUUCUCUCGCUCUGCUCGCCUGUGUUGGUGAGUUCUGCAGAAGCUCAUGCCAUGUGCUCAGCCGUGUUGAGAAAGCUGGCAAUCGCGCCAGGAAACAGCAAGUUACUGCUACGUGGAGGCGCUGUUCGCCAUCUUGUGAUGCUCAUGAGUGAGAGCUCCUUGAUGUUCGUCAAGAUGAACUGCGUCGCCACGUUUUGUCUUCUGGCUCAAAAGCCCACCGUUCCUCCGGUACUAGCGUCGCAAGGUGUUCUGGCGUCGGUACUGGUUUUUUUGGAGUAUCUAAACCGAACGGAUGGAGCAUUAGAUCCCUCUGUUGAAAGUAUGUGCGUGGAUCUACUCUCGAAGCUCGCCCAGUAUGCAAACGCAGAGGACCCUCGUGAGCAGCACCUGUCGUCGUUAUUGUACCGAGUUGUGGAGAAGGAAGACGCGAACACUGCGUCAUCACAGCCCCAAACUCGACCGACCGGCUCUGAAAUCUGGCAAAACGAUCGCACUUUUCUCCUUCGAGAUCAAGGCGGCUCGCUCCCUCCUACAGCAAUUUUUUCAAAGCUCAUCUUGUCUCACAUUGCAGCACCAGUUGUGGUUCAUACUCCACGGAGCAUUUCGUAUCCUGGUUACGCUAUCGAAGUGAGUCCAAGUGCGAGUUAUAUCGAGAUGGGAACAAUUGAACCGAUGUUGCCACCAAUUGAGACGCUGGAAGAUAGUGCAGAGGAGAGCGACGUUCGAUUACAGACUGACUUCACCUCACCGUCCAUGUUCCCAAAGCUCACGACUCCCUUCACGCCGACGCCGAUUGGGUCUGGAGGGAUCCUAGCGACCAAACCUUCGGCUUCUAAGACUGUGCCGCCACUUCCACCACGACCAAUUGGCAUUCCUAAGUAA